UUAUAUCGUCAGUUCGAUAACAAAUAGAAGAGAAUCGAAAUUUAAAAAUGGCGACAGUCACGAAAAGCCGGUAGGCGUCUCGAUGGUUCUCGUCGUCGGUGCCGUCUGCAAAGCGCUUUGUCACAAACGUGACGCACAAUGUAGCAUCCGGAAAUAAUAAGGAUAAUCGCUAUUUGACGUGCGUUAAUCGCAAAACGCGCAACGUCAACACUCAGCGGUCAACAUCCUAACCUCGCCAAUUUACCAGAAGAGUCCCCUCGCUUUAUGCCGCGGAUAUUUGCAUAUGACAUCACUUUAUGUGCUAGAUAUGCGCUGAAAGAGUCACGCAACCAGUUGCUCCACACUUUCCAAGCUUGAGGGAGAUGUGAAAUACAAGAGAGAUCUCGCACCAUGUGAAACUUACGAUAAACAAGAGACGAGAUUAGCGAGCAGUUGAAAUUCCUCCCAAAAUGAUCUCCCAAAUGUCGCAUGUGAUGACUCUCGCCAACAGCAUCAUAGGUGUAAGCGUCCUAGCGAUGCCGUUCUGCUUCAAGCAGUGCGGCAUCGUAUUGGCGAUCUUAGUGCUAUUACUAUGCAGCACCCUGUCGCGACUCGCCUGUCACUUCCUCGUCAAGUCUGCUGUAAUAUCGAGGAGACGUAACUUUGAGCUGUUAGCUUUCCACGCGUUCGGUCACAUGGGAAAAUUUCUGGUGGAACUUUUCAUUAUCGGCUUCCUCCUAGGCACAUGUAUCGCCUACUUUGUCGUGGUUGGUGAUCUGGGACCACAAAUAGUCAGCAAGAUGAUGAAUAAGACUCCGGGGGACAUUCGCACCAGUCUACUGAUUGUUACUGGUGUUCUCAUAGUUUUACCUCUAGGAUUACUACGAAAUAUUGAUAGUCUGUCUAGCAUUUGCACAGCUACUAUUGUCUUCUACCUCUGCCUUGUGCUAAAAGUAAUAGGUGAAUCAACUCAGCAUAUCUUUGCUGGAGACUGGUACGAUAGCAUCAAUUAUUGGAGACCAGGUGGUAUCCUGCAAUGCCUGCCGAUAUUUUCCAUGGCUCUGUUCUGUCAGACACAGCUAUUCGAGAUAUACGAAACCAUUCCGAAUGUAUCGUUAGAGAAGAUGAACGACGUUGUACGAGGAGCAUUAAAUAUAUGUACCGUUGUAUAUAUGUGCGUUGGCUUGUUCGGUUACAUUGCAUUCUGUACCCAACCGUUCACAGGGAAUAUCUUACUGAGUUUCGAGCCUAGCAUUACGUCCGAAUUGAUUAAGAUGGGAUUCGUGUUCUCGGUUGCAUUCAGCUUCCCUCUAGUCAUUUUUCCGUGUCGCGCGAGCUUGAAUUCCCUCUUGUUCCGACGGGUACACACCCACGAGCCGUCUAUCAAUUACCUGUCGGAAUCCAGAUUUCGCUGUCUCACUGUCGCUGUAGUCAGUAUUUCAUUGAUUAUCGGUAUUAUAGUGCCGAAUAUUGAGUUCGUUCUCGGUAUCGUGGGCUCGACAAUCGGGGUGAUGAUAUGCUUAAUAUUCCCGGCAGUAUUUUUCAUAUCUAUAAGUAGCAAAAACACCAAUGAAAGAUUAUUAGCUCAGGGUAUUUUAAUUGUCGGCGUUUGGAUCAUGGUUCUCGGCACGUAUGCCAAUUUGUACGCCAUGGAGAAGUCCACGAGCACGAAAUUGACGGCAACGAAUAAGCCACUCGUGCAAAUGAAUAAUCUACCGUUGAACAUAAUUAAGGACGAUUUGCAAAUCAUUCCAAACGCUCCCGAUAACUUGGAGCUCAUUCCGAGGGUGAAAGAAAAAAUGAAUCAAUUACCUGAGAUGAAAGUCCUCGAGAAAGUCCUCGAGAAAGCGUUGGAUAUGAAAGCGAAAGACGUUCGACAAGAACCACCGAUACCUGUCGAGCGUGUGAUUGUCACCGAAAAACCGAAUGCCGAGAAAUCUGAUAAAAUAGCAGCGGCAUCCGGUACCCUUUUACCUGAAAUAAAAGAGGUCGGGACUCUCAAGACAUUAAAUAAUGAAAACUCGGACGUACAGUCGCAGAUCGCUGAUGUCGUUAAGCUCGACGAGUCCGUCGUCACGUUGAAAGCGGAGGAGAAGAUCAAGAUGAUUGAGGAAAAAGAGCGAUCCGUAGACUCGCAGAAGAACGAUAAUCUUAUCAAUUUAGAUGCGAUAAAAAAGGAGGAAUCAGAGUUGGCGGCCGAUGGAGAUGUCGCUAACGCCAGAGCCGCGGAACGACAUGAGCAACUGAGAAAAACGUUGGAGAAACACAAGUUGGAGCAACGUCAAAUGAUGCAGGAGCAAAAAGAAAUACUGAAGGAUAUCAAGGAACAGAAGCAGGAGUUCGAGAGAGAGAAGCAAAGAAUGGCGAAAGACGAGAUACUAAAAAAAGUACAAAUUAACGUGAAAGAGGACAUUUUAGCGGAAGGCAGUUUGAGAGAAAACGACAGGAGAGUCGCGGAAAACAACGAAGUCAACAUCGACAAGAGUAACCGUAUCAAAGAGACUUUGGAAGACAAAGAAUGGAAUGCAGCAGACAAGGUGAAGCUGAGCGAAAAGCUGCAUACGCCUGACGAGAGGAACGACGUGAAGAUUGCGCUUGAAAAUAAAGAGAAGUCAGGGUCGCCGCGGGAGAUCUCUCGGAAUGCAAUCGCGGAAGCAGCGCAAAAAUCACCGGGAGAUGCAACGAUGAGUAAGUCUCUCCUCGUUGACAAAGAGACGGAUAACUUGGUAGCACCCGAGAGAUUAUCGAUACGUAAAGAAUCGCCGGUACAUAAUGACGAGACGAAAAUAGAAAGGAUAGAGUUUAACGAUUCGGAGAACAUAAAGGGUCCCGUCUUGAACCUCUUGUCGAAAGGAGCUCUACAGAAGUCGAUCGUGGAGGAGGAAAUCAGCAAUCGUCAGACGAAGAAGGAGCAGCGGGAAGUCCUCACGAACGAAGUUAUCGACGCGUCUGACAAAUUACAAGGGAACUACGAUGGCUCUCGCUUUUCCGUGCCUAUAGCGUUGAAAAUGAGCAAUCAAUCGAAGUCCUACAACGCGAUUGUUCCGUCGCAGAACAAGAGCGAGCCGCAGGUUCAGGCGAUACACAGGGACAUUCUGGAGAAUUACGAGCGUGAGAAGAGAGACAUCGGCGCAGAAGUGAAUUCGAGCGAUGCACCAGUCGCUCAUAGCGAACGUUCGACUGAAAGAUCCAAGUCUUUGCUGAAAGACAUAAACAAUAGGGAUUACGAGACCUGCUCGAAGUUACAGGCGAGUUCCGAGAAACCUGAGAUAGAGGAGUCAGAAAAAGGAACAACGAAAUCGGACAUAAUCGAGGAACAACUUUUGAUCAAGACAAACGUAUAUCCGUCCGAAAAGGGAGUGACGAAGAUAAUCUCGGUAGACCCGCGGAUUGCACUGAACGCGAAGCACACAAGCAUAAAACAGAGAGACUUGAAAGCUCUGAACUCCAAGGACAAUACGGAGAUCUAGAUAUGCAGUGGACGAAAACGACAGAAUUCGUACGGCAUAAUAUUAGACGAAUUUAUUUAUAAUAUGGAUGAGCCGAUCGCUGAUUUCUCUCUCUACCAGAGUCAUGUUAUAUAUUUUAUUUGUGUUUAAUAAUUGGAGUAUAAAUUAUCGAGUUUGACAUGAGAAAUUACCGUUAGAACUUGAUCUCGAAGUUUUAAGGCAGAUUUAUGAUAUAUACUUUACAGUACAUUUACGACUUGUAGAACAUGUAUAAAGACGAUUUUAUUUAUAGUAUUAAAUUAAUCAAAAUUCGCUUAUUUGUUUUUUUAGCACUAAUUUCUUCAUUUUUCUCUAUUUUGUCUGCUAGUAAAACGUAGAAAAAUGAACUUCUCGAUCAAUCUAAUAUACAAGUGCUGUACGUGUGUUUUUGUUAUAUAUUAUCUGUAUAAUAUUGACUGUAAAAAUUAUGCACGUAUUCGUUUAAGAAAUCUAGAUCAAGCUAAAUACAAAAUGUAUUUUUA